AUGAUUUUUUUAUUUUUACUUCUAGUUCCGGCAGGUACUGUAGGGAGUGGAGGGGUACUGUAGGUUGGAGGUUUUGGAGAAUAUUUAAAUUUUGAUGAUCUUCAAAUUUCUUCAAAGUGUUUUCAAAUUUGAACAAAAAUCAACGUAUUUUUUCUUGAACAAAACUUUCAAAAAAAAACAUUUUUUUUUUAAUCUUCAAAUUUAGAUUUUUUGAAAAAACUGGUAAAACCUAACUUAUUUUUCUGUGAAAGUUUUCUACAAAAAAAAUUUCAGAAAAAAUUCUCUUCACAAAAAAUCUUUAUUUUCAGCGAAUUUUCAGACAUUUCAUGUUUUACCGCGAAAUCUUGGUCCGUUUAGAAUACCUGGAGAAAUACGUUUCAACAAAAUUUGCGAAAACAAAAAUUGAAAAUGAUCCACUUUGUAUUUUUUCUAAAAAAAAAAUCGAAUUUUUGCAGUUUGGGGAUGUAUGCCAGGUUACGAAGCAGAACGUGAUCGUCUACGUGAACAUCUAGGAAUCGAAUGGGUUCCGAAAGGUCUUGCAAAAUCUGGUAAGUCACUCAUUUCUCCUUUCUUUCCUCAAAAAAGUUUCCAUUUCCAUUUUCUUUUGUCAUUUUUUCCCGCCAUUCCACUUAAAAUGCGUAAUAAGAAGAAGAAGGAAAGAAUUGAAUAAUAAUUGUAAAAUGCGCAACGGUCGGUCAUUUCCGAGACCGGAUUGAAUGGCUGCCAACAGAAGACCUGAAGCAAAAAAAAAUAAUAUAUGAAAAUAAAAAUACCAUUACGAAUAGGACAAAAUUGGGAAGAAAAAACGUGUUUUGAGGCAAUUUUUGAGGAGAGAUAAGAUAUGAUCUGCUUGUCUAUUCAAAGUUUCGGAUUUUCUUACGUAAUAUUAUUUUUUCAAGGAAAGGAAGGGGGAAAAUAUCAGAAAUCAUUGAUAGCAAAAACUAGACGCGCGGAAAAAACACCAAAAAAAUACUUAUGUGUCAAGUAGCUCCGCCUAAGAAGUUCGAAUGACAAGGAUCAGCGCCUAGACAUCAAGCUUCCGCACCUGGAGAAUCUAAGUGUUCAGCAUUCUCAGCUAAUAUUCCACAAUCACAAAGAGCCGUGCCUUGAAAUUCUAGUUGUCAAAGAUCAGCGCAAAGGCAGCCUAGUUAUAAAGUAGCCGCACCUAGAUAUGAUUUUCUCCUCAAAAAUCGGACAUGAAAUUUUCUGGUAGAUCAAAAAUAUUUUUCUCUAAACCUCUCACUUUUGUGUUGAGUUUCGUCGCCUAAGAUUGUGUCAGAUCUUGAAAAUGCGCGAAUUUUUUCGGGUAGUAAAUUCCACCAUGUGAUACAUUCCGAUUUUUAUUUUUCUAUCUUUUUUUUUUGAAUUGUCAAAGAUCAGCGUUAAGAUCAGCCUUGUUAUCAAGUAGCCGCACCUAGAUAGGAUUUUCUGCUUAAAAAUUGGACCUAACCAUCUUCCAUUUUAGGCUGGUCAUCCAAAGCAAUUCGUCAUCCGUCGGAUUUGAAUUGCGAUUUUUCGAACCCGGAAAAAUGCCGCUGGAAAAACAUGGAAGACGACAAAAAUAUGGAUUCGCGCGAUUUCUAUUUGUUCGAAAAAAUCGAUUAUACCGAAUUUCCGGCACUUCGAGUUGGUCCCGGACCAACAAAAGUUCAACAAGGCGAUAAAAUGAUAUUUACUGGAGAUAAGAAGAGAGAGGAACAACAUUCGAUUUUUUAUUCUUCGCCGAUUAAUUGCCAAAAUUCGACGGGGAACUUGACUUUUACGUGGGUUUUUCGGGAGGGAUGAAAACGAGGUUUGAAACUUCUAAUUCGGUACUGGAAAUUUUUCAAAAGAAAAUUGUCAAAUUUCAUUCCCAAAAGCAAAAAAAAUCUAAAAAAAAACCCUCUUUUCUGAAAAUCUCCUGAAAAAUGAUCCGAAAAAAAAUGUCUCCAGAUACUGGGUCUACAAUAGUGCUCGUGUUGAAGUUGUUCUCCUCGAAGAUGACGGAAAAGGCGGAUAUAAAAUGGUUUAUGAUGAAGAAGAUCGACCAUAUUUGAAUUGUGGAACUAUUCAACUAAACACCGAAUGCCAUGCUGAAAUUCCACCAAGAGAUAAACCAUUCAGGUAGGGAGGGAGGUUCUUUUGACUCCCUGAAUUCCAUGGCUUAGCUAUGACGUGAUAAAUUUUCUCACAUUUUUUUGCAGACUUGGAAUUCGUGCUUAUGGAAUUUCAACAACUGAUGGAUCAUUUGUGAUGAUUGAUAAUAUUUUAUAUUCAGCAAGUUUGUGCAAAGUUGGAAGUUAGUUUUUUUGUUCGAAAAAAAAAAUCACAUCAAAAAUAUUUUUCAGUCGACGUUGGUGACAAUUUCAAAACCACACCUCUGGAAACUGGUGCUUUCGGAAAACCAAUCGAAACUUCAUCCCAACUUUCAUGCGAUAAUUUUGACUCGAAUUGUCGAUGGAGAUCUGGAGGAGAAGCAAAAACUGUAUGUAGGCUUUAGUAUUUUUUAACCCACAACAUCUAAAUUUUAGACAUGGCGUCGAACAAGUUCAGCACUUUCAUCUGAUUUACUUUUAAAUGCAACUGGAACAUCAACUCGACCAAAAGGAGCUUAUGCGGUUUUAUAUGUUGAACAAGGAACUCCGAAAAAUAAUGUGGAUAUUUUGAGAUCGGAUCCGAUUAAUUGUCAGAGUUUGACGGAAAAUGAAUUGACUUUUAGGUGAGAUUUUGAGGGAUUAUUUUUGGAAACUGGAAUGAUUGAGUUGAAUGGGGAAGUGCGCCAAAAAAUCCUAAAUUCUCAAGAGUUUGGGCACCUUUUGAACCCACAAGGUUUUGUCCAAAAGUUUGUGGAAUAUUUUUCGUUGACACCUUAUGAUUUUUUAAGAAAUCAAAAUUGUGUCUUCAAAAUCAGAUAUCUGAAAACUGACCUACUUCAAAGAGUUCCUCUAUUUUUCAGAUGGUAAAAUUUGGAUUUUGAAUUCUGAAAUUACAGAUCCAAGUUCUUGAAAUGAUUAACUUCAACCUCAGCUUAGGUUAUCUUUCUUUUAAAAUUUCGGGAUUCAUUUUUAAAAUUCAAAUUUUUCGUUUUUCAAAAAUUGAAAUUUUUUUCCAAUUUUUAUACACGAAAAAACUUUGAAAACAUUUUUUUCAAAACUGACAGAAUUAGGAAUAUUCUUCCCCAAAAUAUUAUAUUUUCAGAUUCUGGGAAUUCGGUCAAAUUGAACUCGAAGCUUGUGCUGUUGAUCUAAUGUUCAAAGAUAUCGAAUGUCUUCCAAUUCCACGUGCAUCUUCUCCAGCAAAUGUCAAUUUAACAUUCCGAAAAGCCACCAAAAAUUUCAUGAUAACAAUUCGAAUCAAACAUUUCAAUGCAGAUUUCGAUAAUAUGGUAUUAUUAGAUGAUAUUGCAUAUCGAGCAACUCUUUGCACAGAUGCUCUUUCGGUUUUUGAUAUUGGACAAAGUUUCGUGUCAACACCAAUGCUAAGUUUGUUAUUAAAUCGAAAUGUUGAAAAAUCACAAGAUUUAUCAUGCGAUUUCUCAAAACGUGCAUCAUCUUGUCUUUGGGGAAUGUUAAAUCAAGCAGAUGAUGCAACUGAAAUUGCUGAAAAUACAUGGAGUGUUGGACAUGGACCAUUAAAUGAGGAGAAAUUAUAUUCAUUGACUGGAAUAUCAGAAGGACCACAAGGAGAAUUUGGAGUAGCUAGAUUUGAAACAGGAGGAACUGCGAUUUUAUUGUCCGAAGUUAUUCGAUGUGCUUUAGAUAAUGUUCAUGUACAAUUCCGAUUAUGGACAACAGGUUCAGCUGAAGUUAAAAUCUGUUUAGUUGAAGAAUCCUCUCCAUCACUUCUUGAUUGUCAAUCAGCUGAAUCAGGCGAUGUUGUUGUUGAUCUUCAAAAAAUUCGUCGUCCAUUCCGAGUUGCUUUCCAAGCUGAAUCAACAGAUCAGGGAAUGGUUUUGAUUGAUGAUAUAAUUGUAACUGGUCAAAUCUGCCCUCCAACUGCCGCCAAACAAUUCUCCUCAAAAACUUUCCGACCAACAGCAGAUAUUCCUGAUCCAAAUGUUUGUCGAUUACUUUCAUGCGAUUUUCAUUUAGGACAUGCUUGUUUAUACGAACCAUCAAAGAUUCCAAGUUCAGCAGUUCACGGGAUAAAUGGCGAAAAAUUGACAGCAUUUUUGACAAGAAAUAAGCGAGUAUUCAUUUUGGAAUCACCACAAUUUCGACUAAAUACAGUUGCUCGAUUACAUUUCGAUUAUAAAUUGGAGGGAGAUGCAAAUCUAUUUAUUUGCAAUGAUUCGGGAACUAAAGAACUUGAGAGUUGUUUCAAAGUUGAAGGAAGAAAUGGAAAUGAUUAUAUUGAAUUAUUAGCCAGUGAUACAAAGGUAACUUUUGAAUUUCUGGGGGGAAAGGGGUCCUACAAUUUUGUGCCUUUGACCUAUGGGUACUUAAAAAGACAUCCAAAUUUUCAAUAUUUUCAGGUUUAUCUAAUAACUCGUCUCUCUGAAACCGGCAAAUCUGGUUCUCUCGAAGUCUCGCAUCUUCAGCUCACAGAUAUCUCAGAUCAAGUAAUUUGUUGA